UUGAUUUUGUUGGUUGUUGCCGCUAUGUCUGGUCGGGGAAAGCAGGGAGGUAAGGCGCGCGCCAAGGCCAAGACCCGCUCGUCCCGGGCCGGGCUGCAGUUCCCGGUGGGCCGCGUCCACCGGCUGCUGCGCAAGGGCAACUACGCGGAGCGGGUGGGGGCGGGCGCGCCCGUCUACCUGGCCGCCGUGCUCGAGUACCUGACGGCCGAGAUCCUGGAGCUGGCUGGCAACGCGGCCCGCGACAACAAGAAGACCCGCAUCAUCCCGCGGCACCUGCAGCUGGCCAUCCGCAACGACGAGGAGCUCAACAAGCUGCUGGGCAAGGUCACCAUCGCCCAGGGCGGCGUCCUGCCCAACAUCCAGGCCGUGCUGCUCCCCAAGAAGACCGAGAGCCACCACAAGGCUAAGGGCAAGUAAAGCCGGAAAAACCUAGAUUUCUCAAACCCACUGAAACCAAAGGCUCUUUUCAGAGCCACCCACCCUGUCAAAAAAAGCUGUUACUACUGAAUUUUUGCAGGGGAUGUUGACAGUGUAAAAUGCUACUAACAAAAAACUCUUUCCCACCAAA